CCCUUACCCCCGCUAUCGCUAUCACUUCUACCACGCGAACAGCCAGUCUGCGCCCCCAUCCCCCUGCCAGAGCGUCGUCUACGAGGGUAUGUGCUUCAGAUCAGAGAUGUGGUAGCAUCGCCGUUGCGUGCUGCUGCUUCCCCCGGUCAUGCCAUUGUCGUCCUCGUCUACGUCCUCUCCCGGGCCUCGUCAUCGACUUCUUGAGUCGAAGCCUGUUGCCCCAGUGCGUAUUGCUAGCCCUGCUUCCGCCAAGAACGCACACAUCCUGCUCAGUGGGGAUCGGACUCAAGCACAGCCUUCCUUCCGCGUUCUGUCACAAGCAGUGCGAUGCUUUGUCCUCCCUGACAAGCUUACUCAGGAAGAGAGGCAGGCCGUUUACGAUGAGGUGGUCACCUUGGGUGCACUUGCAGCUACCAUCGAGUACACAAAUCUCAUUCUGACCUCCCUGCGGGCCCCUAAAAGAGUCAUCAUGGCCUUGAAGCGUGAGAGAAAUGGACAAUUGACCGAUGACUGGUUCGCCAAGAUUCCUAUACUGCAUUUGGAUUGGCUUGCAGAAACAGCUAGGCGUAGGAUUAUGCAGGACUACACACCGUAUCGUAUACCCACCGGUAUGGAGGACACAGACGUGCCUAGUGCAGUCGCCAAGGGGAAGCAGCCCGCCCGUCCGGCAAUGAAACGAGAGCCAAGUAGCUUCACUGAGGAUGAAGAGGCGGUGGGAGAGAGCAGCGAAGAGGACGUGCUGCAUACUACCUCUAAGAAGAAGAUCAAGACAGAGAGGCGAGCCUCGCCCCAGCAUUCCUAUUGCUUUGCCCGUGAAACCUCUCCUCCUACUCUCCCUUCAUCUCACCCAUCUUGGGUGAACAGCGAAUACUGCUGCCAGCGACCGACACCCCUUCGCUCAGUGCACAAUCAGAGCCUCGUCGAUGAGCUUGAAGUCAUAAGGAAGCAGCGCGCACUCACCUCUCAGCAAUGGUCCGAGCGUUCCUACAGCGGCUGCCUCUCCGCGAUCAAAGCGUACCCGGCUGCAAUAUGCUCCAAAGAUCUCAAGACUGUGCGAGAUCUCAAGGGCGUGGGCAAGAAAAUGAUCGGGCUCAUCGAACAAUUUUGCGACGCAGGUCACAUUGUCGAGGCACAGCAAAUCCGUAAUGAUGCUGCUAACGCGAUCCUAUUUGACUUCAUGGAUCUUUACGGAGUUGGCCCCGUUGCAGCCCGUGCACUGUACGAAGAAGGUUGCAGAACAUUCGAGGACGUCAUCGCACACGGAAAGAGUCUGGCUACCCAGCUGGAGGUAGCAGACUGCUAUCGUAUCCUGCCCGAUCUCAAGACCAAGAUACCACGCAAGGAAGUUGAAGAGAUCGCCCGCCUCCUCCUUGCCGAGCUCAACGUCAUCCUACCCGGCACCUUCAUCGAAAUUGUAGGCGGGUACCGGAGAGGCAAGCCGAUGUCCAACGAUGUGGACAUUGUCAUCUCCAACGACCACGCUGACUUCAGCAAACGCUUAGACGUCAUCAAUCGCCUACUUACCACGCUGAAGAGGAGAGGGCUGAUGAGCUACAGCGUCAAUGUCACCAAUCCCUCUGAUGGAUACGAGACAAGUGGUUUUGUGGACAUUGCCGAGAUUGUCUUUCUGCCCCCUGUCACACCAGGCAUCAUACCCGUCUCUCGACAUCGUCGUGUAGACCUCGUCUUCUGCUCCCCUAAAGUCUAUGGCGCGUGUGUGGUGGGCUGGACCGGGUCGCGCAACUUCGAAAAGGACAUUCGCCGUUGGGCCACGCGGGGCGGCUUCAAGUUCCAUUCUUCGGGGCUAGUGGACACCGACACGGGCGAGCUGAUGGAAACGAGAAAUGAGCAGGACGUCUUCCGGAUGUUGAGGCUGCCUUUCAUGCCGCCGGAGCUACGGAACUGCGAUGCUUGAUCUGCGUUACUGUACAUUGCGCUUUGUCUAACCUCGAGGCGGCGGCUUUCUGCGGCCGUCUGGAACACUCGUAGCUACUUAAUAACAUUAUGCUCUAUAUGCAUCGAGCGAUACUUGGACGA